AGUGCUUCGUUGCCGGGUUCCGAACGUGUCAGCUCUGCGGCCCGUGAUUGUCGGAGUUUGACAUCUAGCGAGUCUGCCCUCAUCCGAUAGCAUGGAUCCAGGUCUCUCUGAGCCCACUCUAGAUGUUAUCAAGGCCAUCAUCAUCAUGGAUCAAGACGGCCAUCGAAUCUUGGCUCGUUAUUUCGACUCAGCUGGUGCGUUGGCUAACGAAAAGGCUUUCGAGAAGACUCUAUUCACCAAAAUGGGUGCUGCGGAGGUGUGCAUGUUAGAGGGUCUCACCUGCGUUCACCGGUACAACGUGGAUCUCCAUCUCUUCGUGAUUGGCUCUGGAAAUCAGAAUCCAUUGUUGUUCAGCGCGACGCUCAAUUGUUUCUACGAUGCCCUGUCGCUACUGUUCCGCAAAAGCGUUGAGAAAAGAGCGCUCAUUGACCAGCUCGACACAGUCUUUCUUAUACUCGACGAAAUCUGCGACAAUGGGAUGAUUUUGGAGACAGAUGGAAAUGCCGUUUUCAGCCGACUGGCGAUCAGAGGGGGCGAUGAGGAUCAGAAUGUUUCACAGCUGCUCCAGAGCGCCAAGGAUCAGCUCAAGUGGUCCUUAUUGAAGUGAUUUGCAGCCUUUCCUUCUAUCUGUACAUAAAUCCGAGAGGCUGAAUGAACCUCCCCAGUGCGAGUCGUUCUCUCAAGAAAUCGAAGAUAGAGCUGUUUCGAAGAUACGUAUUCGAUUUGUCCGCCAUGGUUCAUCAUGGAGAAGAUACGAUUCUCGACGGUUUCCGGAUGUGCGCCAGGCGCUCAAGGUUCUGCUUGAGACCGGACAUUUUGGUCCGCUCUGUUUUGAUCUGAUAAUGUUAUGUAGAUUUAGAAACCAUAAAACCCCGCCUUCGGCUCCCGCAUUAACUGGGCGCAGGCUCCCGGCGGUCAACUUUGAUAAAAUGGCU